AUGAAUUCAUAUCUAUCUAUCUAUCUAUCUAUCUAUCUAUCUAGAAGAGUAACUUCUGAAAAACUUUUUUUCUUUUAUUUUGCCAUCGUUCACAUAUCUCUUUUCUUCCCACGGCAAUAUUGCUUUUUAUCUUUCGGCAAAUUUCUUGAUAACGCAAUAUAUUUUCUUUUUUCUUUCUAUUUCGAUUCGCCACCCACCUUCUCGCCCAUUCAUAGCUCUUCCUUCAUUUCUCUCUAUUUACUUUUCUUCUUUCUUCUAUUUCUUCUCGAAUCCCGCCUAUUUCAUUUUCUCUUUUUUCUAAAAUACUUUCUUCAUUUUUUUUUCCAGAAACGUCCUCUUUUUCUUCUUGUAUAUUUUCUUUUUAAACUUUUUCUUGUUUUUUUUUCGUCGUCGUCGUCGUCAUCUUCUUUUUCCUCCCUUCUUCUUUUAAUUUCUCUUGUUCUUCAUUUUUUGCAUGUUCUUAACUUUCAUACGUGUCGGUACUGUUGUUACUAUUUUUGUUUGUCUGUUCUUGUUCGUGUGGGUCUCGUCGUUGUGGCUGUUCGCUUUUUUUCUUUUUCUGCCUGCUCUCUCUUCUUGCACAAAUAUGCUCAUAUACUUCAGUCUAUCUAUCUAUCUAUCUAUCUAUCUAUCUAUCUAUCUAUCUCUUUCACACACACACAUACACGCACACAUGUAAAAUAA